UUAGGUUUCGUUUUAAAUGAGGUAUCUAACACAACAUUUAUAGUUGCUAACUUAACAUUCAAAGCAGAGCCAGGAAAACGUUGUUUUUUUAAAUAUGAUUUUCAUCAGCGCGCUGAUCUUCUGUGGAUUUCUGUCUUGUACCAUCGCAAAGGACUCAUGUUACAACAAGACGGAUUAUGAGUUCUACAUUGUGCAAAAUCUCGUAGAUGAUGUUCAGAAAAGAAUAAAAUCUCUGAAAGAAAAUCUAAACGCGGCAGUUAAUGCACAAUGUCCAAAUACGACUUGCCCAAACACAACUUGUCCGGACGGAUGGGUGUCCUAUAAAGGGUCAUGCUAUUUGUUCGAGAAUGGCCAAUCUCGCACCUUUCAAGAAGCAAGGAUCUUUUGUCUGAAUUUUGGCGCUGUCUUGGCGUAUGUGACCGAUGAAACGGAAAACAAUUUUAUCCGCGGAAUGCUUGAACGCUUGAAGCCAAGCGCUUGGUUUAUAAGCUUGACAGAUCAGGGCACUGAAGGUGUCUGGAAAUGGGUUGACACAAACACCAUCGAAGGAUAUACUGCGUGGUCUUCAGGUCAGCCCCAGGGUGCUAGACGAGAAAACUGUGCUGCUUAUGUGGAUUCAGAUUCUUUCCGCUGGCACGACGCUCCUUGUUCUGCAAAAUAUCCUUCAAUUUGCAAAAAAAAAGAACUUCUGAAGGUUCACAAACGUAACUGAAUGUAUGUAUGUUUGCAUAAAAUAGUGUGGUUUACAGAGAUCUUGAAUAAGUGGCGGAUGUGCAAUUGUUUCUGUAUGCCUGUGUGUAGGCUUGUUUUGUCCCGAAAUGUUGUAGUUAUUGUAUUGAAAACAUGAGUUAAACAACAGUGUGCAUAGUUAACUGGAAUAAGACAAUGCAAUAACGUAUUUUUCUCAAACUGAAUAUAAAAAUAAUAUCUUAUAAAUGAUUAACCUAUAUAAUGCUUUUCUGUCUGUUUAUUCAAUACUCUUCAAAUAUUCCCAAUCGCUAUAUCAUUUUGAGAAUAAUGUUUUCCCGUACAAGCUCUUUUGAAUGUAACAAGUCGAGAAAAACCUGGAUUCCCUGUAAAAGCCCUUUUGAAUAUAACACGUCAAGAAGAACCGGGAUUCCCUGUACAAGCCCUUUUGAAUAUAACACGUCAAGAAGAACCGGGAUUCCCUGUACAAGCUCUAUUGGAUGUAACAAAUCAAGAAGAACCUGGUUUCCCUGUACAAGCUUUAUUGAAUGUAAUACGUUGUGGAAAACCUGAUUUCCCUUGUCAAACGCUAUCGAAUGUAAAUCGUGGUGAAGAACCUUGUUACGUUACACAACCCUAGUGAAUUUAACAUGAGAAGACGAUCCGGUUACUCUGUGCAAGCUCUAGUGAAUGAAAUAGGUCAUUGACAUGAAGAUCCUGGAAACUCUGUACAAGCUCUUUUCCAUUUAAUACAUUGUAUGUCGAUUGAGCCUGGUUUUUAUGUACAAGCAAGCUCUAUUUAAUAUAAUAUGAUGAGAAGAUAUGGUAACUCUGUACAACCACUAUUCAAUGUAAUAUGACGAGAAGAGACUGGUUACUCUGUACAAGCACUAUUCAGUUUAAUAUGUCGAGAAGAGCCUGAUAAUCCUUUACAGGCUCUAUUCAAUGUAAUAUGUUAAGAAGGGUCUGGUUGCUAUGUACAGGCUCUAUUCAGUGUAGCAUGUUGGGAAGAAACUUGUUACUCUGAAAAGCUCUUUUAAAAGGAGCCUAUGAAGAAAAACGUGGUUUACCUGAACAAGCUGUUUGUAAUGUAAUAUGUUGAGAAGAACAAGGUUACCUUGCAGAAGCACUGUUCAAUGUAAUGUCUCGAGAAGAACCAGGUUACCCUGCACACAAUCUAUUCAUUGUAACAUGUCGAAUGGUUUCUGGUAACCCUACAAAAGCUGUAUUCAAGGUCUUUCAAUGUAAUAUGUCGAGAGGAAAUUGGUAUUUUGUACAAACUGUAUUAAAUGUAACAUUUUGAGAAGAACCUGGUUACCCUGCACAAGUGCUAUUGAAUUUUGAAAAAAAAAAUCUUAUUUUAUCUAGAUAUAAUGGUAAUGUGUUACAAAAAAGGUCCUCCAUUAAGACAACCAUCAUAAUGUUGCCGAUUUCCUAAUGCGUUACCUUGAGAGAAUCAAAGUAGUAAUAGCAGUAAACAGUAGAAGACGAGCACAGGUGCCAAAUCUGAACAUUUACUUACUAACAGAAACACCUUCGCAAAAAGAUUCUAAUAUGAUAAAAUUCAAUUCUACAUCCCAAGUGAGGAGAGGAUUCUAAACUAUGAAGGAUAAGGGCCACGUAAUCAACCAUUUUAUUUUGAAUAAAAUGAUUGUCAGUGAACUGUGUUAUGUCUUGUUGUUAACAGUACACGUAUUGUGAUCUAUUAUGAACUGCUAUUAGAAGGACCAUAAAGAAAUAAAGCUAUUCGUAUUUGCAAUGUU